UCUGCUCAUAUUAUCUGACACAGAAGAGUCUGAUAUUCUUCGUUUGUAUUAUUGAUAGCUAGAAAAAUCUAGAAAUGGCAGAAACUGCUCCAGCACCAGCCGCCCCUGCCCCUGCUCCGGCUAAAGCGCCCAAGAAGAAGACCGCCACAAAGCCCAAGAAAUCGGGUCCCAGCGUGUCGGAGCUGAUCGUCAAGGCUGUGUCUGCCUCCAAGGAGCGCAGCGGGCUGUCCGUGGCGGCGCUCAAGAAGAUCCUGCAGGCCGGCGGCUACGAUGUGGAGAAGCACAACUCCCUCGUCAAUAGAGCCCUCAAGAGCCUGGUGACCAAGGGGACCCUGCUACAGACCAAGGGCACCGGCGCCUCGGGCUCCUUCAAGCUCAACAAAAAGGCGGCUGAAGCCAAGGACAAGGCGGCCAAGAAGAAGGCAGCUCCCAAGAAACCAGCGGCAAAGAAAGCGGUUGUCAAAAAAACAACGAAAAAGGUUUCGGCGAAGAAAGCAGCGACACCCAAGAAGACUCCUACGAAAGCGAAGAAACCGAAGGCUGUAAAGAAGGCGCCCAAGAGCCCGAAGAAAGCGGCUGCCAAGCCUAAAAAGGUCGUAAAGAAGAGCCCGAAGAAAGCGAAGGCAGCGCCUAAACCUAAAAGGGUGACCAAGGCAGCCAAACCCGCAGCGAAGAAGGCGGCUCCUAAAAAGAAGUGAGCAGUUAAAGCGACGAUGCAAACAAUGAACCCAAAGGCUCUUUUCAGAGCCAACACAUGUUUCUAAAAAGAGCAGAUUUCCUUUAUGUGAAUGAACGUUGCCCUCCUGUGAUGUCUCAGCACGCAGUUUUUCAUAGUAAACCAAUCGGUACCCAAGUAUAAAUCACGAUUAAACUGACUGGGGAUAUUAACGAUGUUCGCUUUAUCUGAUGUCAGAUCCAUGUUUUUUUUUAGAAGUGGCCUUAAUUUACGUGAAAAAAUCAACUAGUUGUGAUAUUUCUCAACGCAUACAAUGUUAGGAAAGAAAAGCAAACAAUGCUUCAGUUUUAAUAUAUUGAUAACGUUACAAUGGUGACAUAUUAAAAUACAUAAUACCUAACGUACA